CGCCCGUGUUUCCAGCCAGAAGCACGGUCGUCAGCAGUAGCAGCUGAAUUCGUACAUGACUGAAAGCAUGUUGAGUGAACUUUUUCUAGAACAUUAAUUAGGUGUAAUAAAAAAGCAGUUCUUUUUUGAUGCGACAAGUUUGUAGUCGUGAUAUUCCUGUGAAAAGCCAGUACUGCAAUCUGCCUAUAGCAGUCCUCUACGGGGUGCAAAACUCUUGAUUUGGCCUGCACGAGUUACAUUCGCACACGGCUGCCAGUGCAGGAGGAGACGUUUCGGGAAGAGGAAAAAGAAGAAGCAACAGAAGAAGAGCUAACCAGAGUGCGUGCAGACGGAAGGAAGCGAAAAAUUGCCUUUUUCGAGGAAAUCGGCUGCGAAAUUAACUGAAAAUCAGCUAUGUCGACGCUGCAUUUCGUGGUGCAUCCGCUGCCCGGAACGGAAGAUCAGCUAAACGACAGAAUUCGUGAAGUCGCGGACAAAAUCAACAAGUACGGAGUGCAAACGUUACCGGCACUUCAAUCGCUCAAAGUUCCCGUUAAGCAAAUCGUGAUCGGUCCCGCCCAUCUGGGAAUUCUGCUGGAGGAUGGCCGUGCCUUUCGGGUGGCCUUUUCGAUCAUCCCGGAGCGGCUGGACCUGAGUAAGCAAGAUGCAAACAAGGUCGGUGGCAGCGCCGGCAGUACGGCAAACCAGUCGAACAAUAAUUCGAAAAACUCACCCGCAUCGAGACAGUGCCGCUCGCGGGCAAGAAUCAUGCGUACCAGCAAUUCCGUUCGGGGCGGGGGUAGUUCCCAAGGAUCCGGUUCACGCAGUACCGGUGUUAUCAUGGGCGGUGGAUCGUCCGGCAGUCGUUCGCUAGUGUCCGUGCCGGCACCGUUCGUACCGGAGGAGCUGGUCACGCAAGCCCAGGUGGUCCUGCAAGGCAAGAGCCGCAAUCUGAUCAUACGGGAACUGCAGCGUACCAAUCUGGACGUGAAUCUGGCGGUGAACAAUCUGCUGUCACGCGAUGACGAAGGCGGUGAUGAUACCGAAGAAGGAAGCGAUAACUACGUAGCGGAAGAUUUGAUCUCGCUGUUGGAUGGGGGAUUUCACGCGGACAAUAGUGUGAUCAUCGAUGCCGAAGCCAUGUUCUCGGAGGAUAUGUUUGGGUUCUCGAACAUUCGGAAUUUGAUGUUAUACAGUCGUGCUCGUAGUGAACGAAAUCAAAACAGCUCCUCGUCGGCCGGUGGUUCCGGCAAUGGUUCCGCUGGCGGAGGUGGUGGAGGAGGAAGUGGUGGUGGUGGAAGUAGUGCGAGCGCUGGAAGUGGAGCAUCCGGAGUCGCUGCUGGAGCAGCCAGUGGAACCGAAGCUAGUGCAGGAGGUGCUGUGCGUCAGAGUAGCACCAGCGGUACAGCUGGCGUAGGCGUUUCCGGUGGCAAUGGAGCUGGUGGUGUAUCUGCCGUUGGAAUCGCUGGGUCUGCCGGUGUUGCCAGCAGUGGAACGAGCGCAGGUUCAGCCGGUUUGAGUAGUGCCGAUCGGGAAGGAUUCGGUCGUUGGCGGGAUCGACAGUACUUUGGGCCACGUCGUUGGUUCCAGAGUGGUCGGGAAGACGGAUGGGAUAAAGAAAGUGUAAAACUUUACUAUACUCUAGAUCCAAAAAAGAAAGAAUACUCGUCCGGUUACCCACUAUGGGUUUCGGACGAGCUGGAAGCCUGGCCUGAGAAGGAUCAACCUAUUCGGUUUACCGAAAUCGCAUCUCUGUACUCGGAAUUCAUCGGUGUCACCAGCAAGGGGGAGCUUCACCAGUGGCGAUGGGCUGAUGUGGAACCAUACCGGAGCAGCGAGUCUAAUAAUAUCUUCCACUCGAAGACGGUCCCGUUGAAUCUGUUGUACGAGAAGGUAACACACAUUUCAGCAACUUCGAUCCGCUGUUCGGUGUCUACCGAGAGCGGUCGAAUAGCCACUUGGAUGGAUGAACUGCUAGGAUAUGCUGGAAAUAAAUUGGAGCAUGUGGCAACGAGCUACCCGGAGUUUGCCCUGGACAAGAUUGUUUCUCUACACACGUGUACGCUCUACACGGUUGCACGAACAGAAAGCGGUGAAUUGUUUUGGUGGGGGGUUUUACCCUUCGGCCAACGCAAGCGCCUCUGGGACAAAUAUAAGGCGAAAGCAAAGAAACCGGUUCGCCCUAGUGUAAACGCACCGGAAGUCACGGUAGGUGCUCAAGUGAGUAUGAAAAACAGUCCUAUGUAUCAGCAUGGAGCGAUCGGAUUCACGAUUUCGAACGGCGUCCCCAAAGUCGGUCAGCUGUUAAACGCGGCCUGGGAUUUGACUAACAUCUGCCGGUUCAAAUUACUUUCAAUGUCUACGCUUUCGCAACAGUUGGGGCUUGUAUCUGGACCCAUUCCAGUAAGUUCCAACACUGGAAUCAGCGCUCAACCAGUGGAAGUAAAAGAAAAACCACCCAGUUCCGGGGGAAGCAGCACGAAGCAGAGUUCCGGCGGAAACAACAAAGAAACUGCCGAUCGAAUGGAUAUGCCACCGCCUCCGUCGCCGGCGUCCAGUACUUGUAGUGACACCGGCAGUGUCAGUAACUCACACAAACGACAGAAACGGAUGGCACCGAAGGAGGAUCCCGAUCCGAAGAAGGACGAAGAGCAGUGGCUGUUGAAGGAUGUUAUCUUUGUGGAGGAUGUUCGCUCGGUCCCGAUCGGUCGGGUGCUAAAAGUAGAUGGAGACUAUGCGGCAGUAAAAUUCCCACCGCUGCUCUCGGCCGGCAGCGGUGCAGGUAGUUCAUCCGGUGGUGGAGUCGCAAGCAGUGGAAGCAAUAGCAAGGAUAAAUUUGACGAUACCAUUGAAGCAUGGCAAGAUUGCCGUUUGCUGCGAAAAGAUGACUUACAGGUGAUAAAAUCGGCUACGACCUCUCGGGUGCCGGAUUGUUUUCAGAAGAUUCCCAGGAGAAUUGUACUGAAUCCGCAUUUGCCUAGCGGUGAGUCCGGAUCGCAACUGUUGACGAUUGCUGUUGAUUCGAAGGGGAUUCAUGCGAUUAUGAAGAGUGGAACCAAAUUGCACUAUUGUCUGUUUAAUUUGAACACCGGACGACAAGAACAGGACAGCGUAUUCCCAACUGACAUUGCCUCAUUUCUUGGGACAUCGGUACAGAAUGUGUCACUGACUUGUGCUGGGGAUUGUUCGGAUAGUGUUCUGUUGUUACGGGACGGGAAUAAUACCAUCUAUCCGAUGGCGAAGGAUUGUGUGGAUGCCAUUCGGGAUCCAAGUUGGUUGGAUCUGCCUCCGAUUAAGUGCAUAGCAGCUGCCUCAUUGACACUCCCAUCUGUGGGAGUGAACUUGAAGUCCCAAGUUGCGUUAGUUGUGCUGGCUCCCGAACAGCAACAAUUAAUGUCACGAAUUCUGCGAUGUGAUAUCGAGGGCGUUCGUCACGUUCUGUCACAGCUAGGCGAUGAACUGAAGAAUCAGUUGAUGUCGGUAAUUUCGGAACAUACCGAUAGGAACAGGAAUAUUAUUCAUGCGUGCAUCAGUAUGUGCUCGCCGACAUCCAAUAAAGACUCGGAUCAAGAUCUGCUUGCCCAAGGUGCUUCCAACUCUGGAUCCGGCAGCAAUGCUAAUGGAGGUACCGGUGGUUCUGGUUCAAUGUCCGCCAAUUUAGAGUGUAUCAAUGUGAUCACGAAUACCAUCAUGGGAAAUCGGCCGGUCAGCAUUCGGGAAAUAAUGCGUCGUAGUGUUAAUCGUGAGAUUGACGCAUCGAAUUCUAACAGUGCUCCACUUCCGCCAGGAAGUGAUGAAGCACCAGGUGGAUCUUUGCCAGUUGUGUAUUGGCCUCCGGAAUACGACCCUACGAGCGGCGAUGAAGAUAGUAUGAGUGGUUUGAAUGCACCUCAAUCGCAGAAAGGCCUCAACGAAACGUACAUUUCUGAUCCGAAUGAACGUCGAGUAAAUGCUCUACAGAUCGUUCAGCUUCUUUGUGAAAGUCCGGUUCUUCAGCCCUAUUUGAGACAACUUCUGAGCGCAAAAGACGCCCAAGGACAGACCCCAUUCAUGCUGGCCGUUACAUGCCGAGCCUACCAAGCUGGUAUUAUUGUUUUCAAUGCUAUUUUGAAAAUCGCCAACGGAGACGCUACACUACGUGAUUCGAUGAUUUUCCCGCCGGGAAGUGCCCCCGAUCAAUCCCCACUGGGGACGCUCUGUUGUAACGAUACGUGUUCUUUCACAUGGACCGGAGCGGAUCACAUCAAUCAGGACAUAUUUGAGUGCCGAACUUGUGGACUAACAGGAUCACUAUGUUGCUGCACUGAAUGCGCGAAGGUUUGCCACAAGGGUCAUGAUUGUAAAUUGAAAAGAACUUCUCCAACAGCAUACUGUGACUGUUGGGAGAAAUGUAAAUGUAAAGCGCUGAUUGCUGGUAAUCAAACAAAACGGUACGAACUGCUGUGCAAAAUGGCCAGCGAUACGGAUCUUGUGACGAAGUUCAAUUCUCGAGGCGAAUCAAUUUUACUAUUUUUGAUUCAAACUGUUGGUCGCCAGAUGGUUGAACAGCGCCAGUAUCGAGCUACUUCCAGGGUGAGAAACUCUGGAAAUGUCAGAAAAACUCCUUCGUUGGAGGCCGACAGUGAUAUGCCAGAGCAUGAUUUGGAACCACCUCGCUUUGCUAGGAAAGCACUCGAUCGUUUGCUGAAUGACUGGCCCGCGGUGCGAUCAAUGAUCAUGACGGGUGCCGAGUUGGAAAAACCCGUGGUACCGAACCCUUCUCAGCCGUUCUACGACGACGACAACCAGCAGGUUUACCUACAAUCGCAAAGCGGAACCACACUGUUGGACAAAUUCACUCACAGCCUGAUCGUGCGAUGCAGUAAUGAUCCCCUGGAAAAGUUGUUGGUAACCUUGGUUAACGAGCUGCAAAAUGAAACCAUCCCCAGCCGAAUCGAAGAGGCGCAAAAGGUGGCCAGGCGCUUUGUCCGCUCGGUUGCACGGGUGUUUGUGAUUUUCAGUAUCGAGCGGUUCAAUAAUCCGGAGAAGACGCGCAACUCCACAACUCAAGCGAAACAUCUGCAGGCCUACCGGCGAGUGUUUACGACACUGUUCAAGUUUGCCAUCGAGGAGCUGAUUGAAAUCUCCGAUGCGCUGAUAACUCCGGUGCGGCUGGGAGUGGUCAAACCAACUGCUCCCUUCUCGCUGUCGUCCAGUAGUAUUGAUAGCACGGACGACCUCUUUUCGGUGGAACCCCUGGCACCGCCGACAAAUCGAGCCUCAAACAUCGUUGAUAUUGCCACCGGUAGCUCGCGAGGGGAACCCGCGGAAGGGGAACGUAAUUCCAAUUCCGGUUUCAUGUCCCGCAUCAAUCUGCGCCUGCGGGACAUCGAGGAUAACAACGAUGCCGAUGCAAUGGUGCAGGAUGAUGGAGAAACGUCGGAACAGGAGGAGAUGUCCGAGCGGGAGCAACCGCCUCCGAGACGAAGUUCCGGUGUUCGUACGGUCGCCAGUUCGGCCGCUAUCAGUGCAACCGAGGAGGAAUCGCAGGACCCACUGAGAAACGAAGAUGUGGCCCAAGGAGAAAGCGAUACCGAGUUUAAUUUCCACGAAGCCGAAACUGAAUCGGACUCGGACGAUAAUCAGAGCACUCAGGAUGCUCAGCGAAGUGUGCAAACUGGCGCGACGGCGGGAUCGGACACAGGUCUGGCAAUGCUGUUCGACAACGAAGAUGACUCGGGUGAUUCCAGCCAACCGGAUGACGAAGGAUCCGAAGACGGUGAAAGCGAUGAUCACUCGCACGAAGAUUUCAGUCUAGGCGAUGAGCAGCUGGAGCGUCGACAAACGACCAGUGGCAAUCAGCGGACAAACUUGGCACCACAAUCCAUGCAAUGGGCUAUUCGUAGCCGGGAUACAGCUGGGCCGGAACGGGUUCGCCUAACAACCGGUGGAUCCAAUCUAGUUUUUAUCGAUCCCAAUGCUUUGCGGCGAACUACGACGGCGAGCGCUGCUGUGACGGCAGCUCAGCAGCAGGAAGCUCCCACGAUGACCACUACAGCCAGUGCUUUGGCACGUGCUUUCGGGAUCGUAUUGCGACAAAUUUCUGAUUUGAUCGGUAUGUUGCCGACUAGUUUUACUGGUGCAUCGUCCGCGUUGGAUGUUACUCAUCAAGAGGCAGUUCAGUUACAGAUGUACGUUGAAAAACGUCUGAGACCAACCUGGGAAUGGAUACUAACCGUUAUGGAGGCAACCGAAGCGCAGCUCCGCUUCGGUGCUUCAUUGACCGAUUCAACAGAUUCGACCCAUCCGUUGCAUCCGUUGAAUACGCCUAGUUCUUCGAAUACCGCCAACAAUACUACAACGGGCGUUAUGGGGAUCGUUGCACGCAGUAGAAACAGAGCAGCCAUCAGUACACUAGGAGCAACCACCGCACGGAGUCUUGGUUUUAGUGACAAUAGUAAUAACGAGCGCAGCACGCGUGAAGGUACAUCCACUGCGGAUGCCGCGUCAAGUCGUCGCGAUUUCCUAACCUACUGUCUGUCACUGAUGCGAGCUCACAACUCGGAACACCGGGACUUCCUGCCGGUGCUGGAUGUGACCGCGCUGCGCCACGUUGCAUACGUUCUCGAUGCCAUUUUGUUCUACAUGCGGGCCACCAACGAUUGCGAUAUCGAUCGCACCACCACCGGAUCGAACGUUUGGGACGAUCAGGACGAGAAUGAAAAUGAAGACACCGAGGAAGAUAUUUCCACAUCGAUCGUGAUGGACACCGAUUCGGUGGAUGAUGAUAUGAUGCGACCCUCACUGGGUCGUCGACAUUCCUUUUUCCAACGGUCCGACUCAACGCUAUGUCUGGGCUGCCCCGCCCCGGAUCCCUUCAACAAUGCACUGGCUGAAGCGCUACCACUUGCUGAUCAGCCCCAUCUGCUGCAACCGAACGCCCGCCGGGAAGAGCUAUUCGGUAUGCCUAAACGCCCAAUUACAUUGACGGCAAACUCGUCGUCACCGUCGACCGGCGAUGGAAAUGUCAACCUGGAAAUACCACCUGUUCGGUUAAGCUUGUCAUCUAAUAUAAGGGACGAAGGAUCGGUCUCACCUGGAGAUGGUUCAGCUGCAACCGGCGGAAACGUUGAAACAGUAUCGAUGGAAAUUUAUCAGGAUGACUCAUCGCAAGAUAACAAACCCUCCUGCACAAGUGGCACAGUGGAGAUUGCCAUUCCAGUCAGUAUCUACCAAGAUGCAAAGGAGCACAAAACCACGGUCGUUGUAAAUGAGAAAGGAGAAGCCGUCACUCCGGUAAAACAAAUCCCGGUCAGUGCUGCGGAUGCUGAACCCAAACCUGGUCCAUCGGGUGAGCAAUCACAAUCGCCUAAACCACCACCCCCGCCACCACCGGUUGCGGUUGGAUCUAGCGCAUCUGGUGAAGUAUAUUACAAAAAAAAUCGAUUGUGCUACAUUAAAAACAAGUAUUACGAAGAAUCCGACGUCGAUGUUGACGAAAUAAGCAUCAGUUCGGAUGAGCCACAGGAUUUAUCACAGAUAUCGAUCAAGUUAGACGUGGAUACGGAUCAAGACCACGAUGAACUGUCCGAGUCUGACUCGGAGGAUUCGCAUCAGAUAAUUAAACGACAGAAGUUAGAUGAAGGCGUAACGAGCGACGAUGGUGGGGCAGUUGUAGUUGGUUCUCAGGAUGCAUCCGCAUCAACUAUUCGACCGCCGAUCAUCGUUACACGCCGGAAGGUAGCCUUGGAAUCAUCGCAACAGUCAAGCGGAAGUGGAUCCGAUGGAUCAUCAGCAGUAAUUAUACCUCAGGGCAGUUCGUCGUCGGGAUCAUCACUAUCGGAACAGCAGGGCUCUAUCGCUUCGUUUGUUACCUACGCGACGACACAAGUUACGGUAGCUACUGGAUCCGGAACUGUCGUAGCCGCUAGUGGAUCUCCCGGAAAGAGUGUAAUUGUGCGGGCUGGACCAUCAACGUCAUUCUCGCCAUCAACCAACGCCACCACAGAAGUCAUCCAACACGCUGAGGCAAUGGACCUGCAGGAAAUUUCCGCGCAUGUUACGGUAGAAACCACUCCGAACGUCCAACAGACCGUUCAACAAGAACUCCCACCGCGAGGGAUUUACCUUCGCUCUGGCAAUCAAAUGAACUCAUCUAUCCUUUCCGACAUUCUACUGGGCCGUUGGCGUCUGUCGUUGAUUUUGUUCGGCCGAGUCUUCCUCGAGGACGUAGGCAUAGAACCCGGCAGUGUUAUCUACGAACUGAACGGAUUCCCCGUAAAGGAGGCAAAAUUCAGGCGGUACAUGGAAAAAUUGCGCAAUGCCCAGCAGAAGGAUCUCACCUUGUCAAAAAUGGAACGAAAUAGGGCGACUCUGCUAACGCAAACGUUCAAAGAGCUGAACACGCACUACAACAAUAGAAGACUACAAUCACCGUUGGCGUUUAGUCGAGUGAAAGUUACGUUCAAAGAUGAACCAGGCGAGGGUUCGGGUGUAGCAAGAAGCUUCUAUACUUCGAUUGCGGAAGCUCUUUUGGCUAAUGAAAAGUUGCCCAAUCUGGACGCAGCGCAAACUGGUGCAGCAAAGUACACAUCUGUUCCUUUCAAUAGUAUGCUACAACGACAUCGUGGUACCAGCGGUACAAGCGGUGGUAGUAGUGUUCCUACAACGGCUGCCAGUGGCAACGGAGGUGCUAACAGGGAUUCAAAUGUUCGCCGAGGAUUAUCCAGUAAACAACCAUUGUGGCGGCCUAAUCGGGAUGCGAGGAAAACGCUCAACUACGAUGCAAGGCCAUUCCGACCGGCUAGCGAACAAGUGCAAGGACCUAGUAGUGGCAACGCCGGUGUCGGUGGAAACAACAGUCCUCCAUUUUUGCAAAUCAACGAUACGUUACCUGCCCAUCAGCAACAGCUUGGAGAGCGUCUGUAUCCAAAAGUGCAAGCAUUAUACCCGAACAAUGCACCGAAGAUAACCGGAAUGUUGCUGGAUCUGCCGGCAACACAAAUUCUGAUGCUGCUGGCGUCGGAAGAAAGUCUUCGUCAGAAAGCCAAUGAAGCACUGGAAAUUAUCUUGAGCCGACAGAGACUAGAAAUAGACAAUUUGAGCGUAGCAGGGGCAGCCGGAUCUUCUGCAUCCUUGACGGUCACAGGAAGUUCUGCUGAACAGCAGGCUGCUGGAAACGCCGUGUACUCACCGAACCAGAACGCUGCACUAUCGAAGAAGAGUGGACCUGUUUUAAUUUUAGAAGACUGCCAGCUUGACGCACCGCUAUUCUACUCGCCAGGAAAGCGUGGAUUCUACAGUCCGCGUCAAGGUUAUCCCUCUAGUGAACGACUGAAUGCAUUUAGGAAUGUUGGAAGACUGAUCGGAUUGUGUUUACUGCAAAACGAGCUAUUCCCGCUGUUCCUGCAGCGACACGUUCUGAAGUAUGUCCUGGGACGACAAAUCCGUUUCCACGAUCUGGCGUUCUUCGAUCCGGUGGUGUAUGAUUCGCUGCGGCAGUUGGUGAAGGAUUCGCAAACCAAAAGUGGAAUGACUAUAUUACAAAGUCUGGAGUUGAACUUUGUUAUCGAUUUGAUCCCAGAGGAAGGCUCCGGUACCGUCGAAUUAGUGCCUGGAGGCCGAGACAUUCAGGUGAACGAAACUAACGUGUUUGACUACGUACGCAAAUAUGCCGAAUAUCGUAUGAUAAAAACCCAGGAGAAAGCUUUAGAUGCAUUGCGUUCGGGUGUGUUCGACGUACUAUCCGAUACGGCGUUAGACCAACUGACGGCGGAAGAUCUACGGCUACUGUUGAACGGCGUCGGUGACAUUCAUGUCGGAACACUAAUCUCGUACACUUCGUUCAAUGACGAAUCAAAUGAAAGCAGUGAUAAGUUGCUCAAAUUUAAACGAUGGCUUUGGAGCGUGGUAGAAAAGAUGAGCAAUCUAGAACGCCAGGAUUUGGUCUAUUUUUGGACCGGAUCCCCUGCCUUACCGGCCUCCGAGGAAGGUUUCCAGCCGAUGCCGUCGGUCACGAUCCGUCCGGCGGACGAUGCACAUCUGCCGACGGCCAACACUUGCAUAUCCCGACUGUACAUCCCGCUUUACUCUAGCAAAGCAGUUCUCCGACACAAGCUACUGCUGGCGAUAAAAACGAAAAAUUUUGGAUUUGUCUAAAUGAAACGAGGAAGUAGUCAGCUUUACGUUAUCGAAUAAAUACAAUUGCACCAGUGAUAGAGCGAUGAGGCGGCAAAAUAACACACCAGAGAGCACACGAUCGAUUGAGUUCUGUUUAACGCAUUACAUUCAUUCCGCUCCUUUUCUAUGUAAAUAUUUCGUUAACCAGCGUUCUUUAGCUUGAAAAUCUUGUUCGGGAUUGUUCCUUGCUUAGACGCGCGAUAUUCGGUAGUGAGCAAUCGCGGCAUUCGAUAGCAAUGAGAGUUUAAAGCACUGUAAUAACGGAUCAUAAAAAAACUCAACCAACUUGUGUGUAUACAAAAACACAAGCAUAAAAAGCAAACACGCGUUCGCUUUUUUGAUUUUCUUUGUCUAUAGCCGAGCAAAAGGAAAGGAAAUAAAAUCGUCGCGUUUCAAUGUGAUUGAAUCAUUUAUAUGUUUGAUAUAAAUGCAACUAUAAAUAAAUUUAUAUAUACAUAUAUUUAUCAUAUACAAAGUUAAAAACGUAAAAAUACUGUAGCAUUAAGCGUAAGGCAGAGUUCUUUAGAAACAACAACACGUAGAUAGAUUUAGGUUGAGUUCUAAAUAAUGAAAGGAGAGGGUGUGUUAAACGAAACAAUAUAUGUGUUCUUCGACAAAUUAGGGUCCAUCUAGUAGGGCCAAACUGGAGGCUUCGAUUUGUUGACGUUCUACAUGUAAAAAUACGCGAUCAAAUAGAGUGAGGUGACACGCGAUAAGAAAUUUUGAUUUGUUCCACUGUAGCAUAAAUUUUGUUAUUCAAAUUCUCGUUUUUAUUAAGUUUCAUUCAGCUUAACCAUCUUAAUUUUUCUGAAUUUUUUUAUUGCUGCUUCUAUUUUUUGUUAACGACAUGAUUAAAUAUUGUUUAACACUAUGGGACAAACGAAUUACCGGGCAGUCUUGCAUCAUCCUUUUUUUCUAAAACAACUAAUCAAUGCAACACCACCCUCUGCUCCAAUACAAGCGAGUUAGCUAAAUUCAGACAUCAGGACACACGGGGAAAGAGUCGGAGGUUCGGAAAUAAAACGAACGCGCACUUCUGUCAAA